AUGUACACAGUUAAAGAUAUAUUACCCAGUGAAAAAUCACCUGCAAAUGAAGUGACUGCUCCAGAAUGUGAUAAAUCUAUAAGAAAAGAGUUUGAGUUAGAAAGAUGUAUUGAAUGGAUUACGGAAAAGGGCCUGAAACGCGUUUGUGUUCAGUUUGCACAAGAUCAAAUUCACAAAGCCCCACGUUUAGUGCAUAUGUUAGAAAGUGAACUUAAACAAAAAAUAUACAUUUUAGGAGAUACAUCAUAUGGUAGUUGUUGUGUAGAUGAAGUUGCUGCCCAACAUGUGAAUGCUGAUAGCAUAAUUCACUUUGGGCAUGCAUGCCUGAGUCCUUCUGAAAGAAUACCAGUUCUGUACAUUUUCAACAAAGAACAUAUUGAUAUUGAACAGUUCAAAAUGUGUAUGCAUGACACUUUCGCUUGUGAAGACAAGAUAUUAUUACUUUAUGAUGUUUCUUAUCAGCAUGCAAUUUGUGCUAUUAGUCAGUACCUUAAAAAGAGUUUUGAUAACUUAAUUGUAUCAGAGCUCUUAAUGGAUGGAAAGGUUUCAUUUAAUUUUGAACACAUAUUUUUUGGGAGAGUUAUUAAUGUUCCAAAAACAAAAUUAAAUGACUAUGUCAUUAUUUUCAUUGGUUCAGAUGGUCCUUGCAUUGCAAAUUUUAAGUACUUAUUCCCAGGACAGUCAUUCUUUAGAUACAAUCCAGCAUUAUCAUCAUUUGAACCUUUCAAAGUAAACAUCAGUAAAUUUCUACAAAAAAGAAUGUACCUGAUUGAAAGUCUUAAAAAUGUGAGAAAUCUUGGUAUUCUUAUUGGAACAUUAGGCGUUAAAAGUUACUUGGAAGCAGUAGAACGAAUAAAGUGUUUAACAAAACCAAGAGAAAUAAAAUGUUAUAUAAUAUCAGUUGGUAAAAUUAACGUAGCUAAAUUAGCUAACUUUCCUGAAAUGGAUGCAUAUGUCUUGAUCUCUUGCGCAGAGAAUUCUCUGUUGGAUUCUAAAGAGUUUUUGCAACCUAUUGUGACUCCAUAUGAAGUGGAAUUGGCUUUCAACUCUGCUUAUAAAUGGAGUGAAAAGUAUGUCACAGAUUUCACAACACUUAUGCCAGGCUGUGAUAACUAUGUAAAAGAGAAUGAUAUUCAAGAAAAUGAGGUUAAUGUGUCUCUUGUUUCUAGCAAUGUGCAGAACACAUUAAUUGAAAGCAAUGAAACAGGUUCACCUACAUCUCUUGUUUCAAAGGGGUUAGAUUCAUUAGCUUUGUCAGAGUCUCAUGGUUGUAGCUUUCUGACUUCAAGAAGUUGGGUUGGGCUUGAACAAAAGUUGGGGCAGAAUGCUGUAGAAAAGGCCAGUCAAGGUCGUAGUGGUCUUCCUUUUAAAUAUGAGAAUGAAAAUGCAUAA